AAUGUCCGACACCCCUAAAGUUAUUAUUGUUUCUUCCGAUAACGGCAAGUUCCCAGUGGAGCAGAAGGUUGCGGAGAAGUCUGUCUUGAUCAAGAAGAUGAUCGAGGAUUUGGCACCUAACGGGCUCGAGGAGGACUUCGAGAUCCCUACACCUAACGUCAGAUCCAACGUCUUGAAGGCCGUCUUGGAAUGGUGUGAACAUCACAAGGACACCGAGUUCCCAGACGAGGACGACGACGACACCAGAAAGAUCACCCCUGUUGAUGAUUGGGAUAAGAACUUCUUGCAGGUGGACCAAGAGAUGUUGUACGAAAUUAUCCUCGCCGCCAACUAUUUGAACAUCAGACCAUUAUUAGACGCCGGCUGCAAGGUGGUUGCCGAGAUGAUCAGAGGCAAGUCCCCGGAGGAGAUCAGAAAGACUUUCAACAUUGUAAACGAUUUUUCUCCAGAAGAGGAAGCUGCGAUCAAGAGAGAGAACGAAUGGGCCGAGGACCGUUAAGCAGCGGGCUUGCCAAGCCGACCUACAAUUGUAGCUAGACUAACGCUACCCGCGGUUAUGAAUCGUAAAAGGCCUAUUUUGGAAUAGUUGUAAGCCACGUAAAACUGACGUGAGAUGAAAUGCGUGUUGUGGGAAGUAUCGGUUAUAGGAAAGGCUACCGUUCAAUUUACUAUAUAACGUGUAGUAUUUUGUUCAUGCCCAUACAAGUUACUGGAUUAACAUUCACUGUAACUGCGAUUGUAUGAUCGGCUCACAGGUAGGAGUGACUCUGAACCUUGAUAAGUGACUAAUUUAGACAAAAAUUGGUUUCCAC